CCACUCUUCUCAGUUUUGAACUUUGGAGUCAGGAACCUUCGUUGCUGGGUCUGCUACCCUACUCUGCUCUGUUCAUCUUUCUCGCUAAAACCUCACAAUCCCUAGUUUUCGUAUUCUCAGCAAGAUUUUCGAUCAGCACAUGCAGGUGGAUUUGGCUAUACAACAUAUCAAGGAUCUUUAAAGAAGUACAAGUUCCCUAGGACUAGGAGAAGAUUUGAUAUUGAUUCAGGUAAAAUGAGAGACAGCACAGUUCAACAUUUUCACCAAAAUGGCAGAGCUGUAGAAGCAUGUGCACCUUCAGCAGAGAGAGAUUUUUCUUCUUCAAUAAAAACAGCUACUGAAGUUCUUCCUCCUUCGUUUGAGUUCUAUGUCUGGUCAGACGAGGGAAUUAAUCUUCACGUUGAUUUAAAUUUGUCCCCAUCAGAUUGGACUAACAGAUUUAGUAAUGAGCUUCGCAUAAGUGAGAAUGUGCACAGAAACAAAUCCCAGAGUCUUUGGCGGGAUCUCGGUUGCUUAAGAGAGAAUUCUACGCAAGGGAAAUCUUCCUUUUUGUGGAAAUCAAAUUUGGGUCAAAUUGAUGAUCUUAAUGGACAGGCCAAAUCUUCCUCAAGCUUGAAAUUGACAAAAGAUGGUUUUACAGAGUUAGAUCAACAGAAUAAAGGUGACAAUCCUUUAAUAUCUGAUUCAUUAACUCCACGCAACAUGACUGUAAAAGUGGCAGAUAUUUUAAAGGAAAAUCAUUCAGCUGUCUCUGCUGAACUGACUGUAAAUGUGGUAGACAAAUUAGGGCAAGAUCAAUCAGCUAUCUCAGCUGAAGUAAGUUAUGGUGCACCAAACAAUUUUAUUUCUGGCGUUGAAUCUUGUGCUAAAGCUGCGUUUGAUAAAAUCCUUGUUUCAGAUGCUACCGAUACUCCAAUCAUCAAGUCACUUUGUGGUUCUGUUGGCAACUCUCUGUCAGAUCCUGGCAUACUGGAGCCUCAAAAUUCAAAGCCUGAUAAUGAAUGUUCUGAGGGUUGUGCUCUGCAAAAUGGUUCUUGCUUUGUGAACUCUGAUGUGGUGUGUGCUGGAGCUUCAUUUAGUAGUUCUGUGGAACUGCAAAAUUCAGAAGUUGCAAGUUGUCAUAAAUGUGCAUCAGUUUCACUCGGUGAGAAUGAUGGAUCCCUGGAUUUAUGUGAUCCAAAGAACGCUUUUGACACGGAAAAGGGGGGACUAGUCAACUCAAGUGAGAUUAAUUUCGAUACUGAUGUGAACAAUUUCCCAUCACUAACUGAAGAAUGGGAGGUGGGCAAGAUUGUUGAUGGAAGGGAGAGCUCAGGAUGCUCCCAGUUUGAUGACCCACUUAAGAAAUCUGGCCUAGAUUCUGAUGAUCAAGAUCCUAAAAUGAAGCUUCCCAAAAAGAGGAAAAACGGAGACUCUGGCGUUCGUGGUUCAAGUACUACAAGAAUUUUAAGAAGCAUGAAGAAUACUGCUGUGAUGGUCCUGCCUAGAAGAUCCAUGAGGCUAAUCUCUAAGUGAGUUCAUGAAGUGCUUUGUGCGCCAUUUGGAGGCUUUAGUUCCAGAUUUUCAAAGAAAUUAUAAUGCACUGUUCAAAGUGGAAGAAUGACAUUUAGUAGGUAUGAACUAUCCCUUCAUCCUAGUUUCAAGAAACAUAUAAGGAAUUGAGAUAGGUCAUGAAAUUGAACUUAAUACGUUUAUACGACAGAUUGGAGAAAUCAAAUAACUCUAUUUCAUGACUUGCAAUUUGAUGGGCUUAAGAUAAUUAGUUAGUUUGUAAGGAAAGUUUCUAGAAUAUUCUUAGAGGAGGGAAUAAAAGGAGAGUGAGUGUGUGUAGUGAGGAGGCAUGAAUUCAGUAUUGGUUUAGUGGGGAAUUUGGGGGAUCUCUUGGGAACUCUAGGUGCCUAGGUUUGUUGGCUUUGAGGGGGAGUUGAGGUCAUUUGGUGUAUUUUUCUUGCAUUAGUGUUUGUAAGGAGCUUGUCUCCAUUACUAUUUCCUUCAAUUUAUAGUAAAUCAAAUUGGGUUCCAUCACAAUUCUUUUGUUUUUGUUUUGUUUUGU